GAUAUUUGACGUCAAUAUGCAACUAUCAUCAUCAUCAGCAUCACUAGUGCCAUCCUGUGAUAAAAAUAAGAAACACUUUGGUUGGUUCUGGAACCUGAAAAUCACAGGAGUUUCGCAUCUUCACAAAUAAUUUAAUAUGUAUAUGUCAAUGGAAUACAGUUCUUGUAGCACACAGUAAAUUGUAACGUACGAUCCGAUCAAUAUACAAAAUUUACGUGUCAUACGAAUUUAAUAUACAAUAGAAAAUGGCACGUUCGGUUGCUGAUGAAGAUCGUGAACUCAUUGCUUUCGUCAAGUCCCGGAUUCCGGGAAUGUUUUAUGUAAAUACUGAAUACGAAGAAAUGAUGGAAAGAAAAGUACGCGAAAUCCACAAUGAAUUAAGAAGAAAUAAACUCGAUACUGCAGCAAUCUUUGAUAAAAAUAAUAAGGACUCAAUUUAUAAUCUUGGAAAAUGGGGUUUUAUGUCAAGCCCUCAUUAUAAGAAUAAAAUGAGAGACGAAGAAUUCAUGCAGAAUGCUUAUAAUAUGAACAAGACUGCAAGAGUGAAGAUGUAUAAAGAACUAAUAAAGAGCUGUAUUCCAAAGGAAGGAACUAAAUCUUCCAUACUCACUGAAGAAGAUAUUAAGAAGUUUGAACAAGCGUAUAAGGAUUAUCCAAAUAUAUAAAAUGAAUCUCGUAUUUCGUAAAUCAGAGAAAUUGCAAAUUUUAAUUUUGCAUACAAAUUAAGUUAAAGUAUCUACAUAUAAGACCUAUCAUAUUCUUCUGAAAGAGAACAAAAAGGAAUAGCUAAUUGCAUAUGUAACCAUUUUCAAUAUACUUUCAAUUAAUAACUUGACAUGUCCAAUAGUGACAGAAAAAAAGAUAAAGUGAUAAUGCUCUAGUUACCAUGGCCUGGAGAUGUAUAGAAAUAGGACACAUUACUGUCUUUGCGUUUGUAUACAUACAAUAUCGAAUUUGCGUUGUAUCAACUACUUCAUAGAUGUUUACCUGUAAUAUGUUUUUUUAUUAAAAUUCUUACCAUGGCGCAAUAUUGUUUACUUAUUUAGAUUAAAUAAAGAACUUAAUCAAGAA